GUUUUAUUAUUAGUUUGCUUUCAGUCCUGGCCAGUCGGCCUCUUGUCGCUUGACUCGCCCGAGCAUCCCAAGCCUGGACAAGAUGCGUCUCGCCCGACGUGUGGUGGCCCUUGCGGCCGCCGCGCUCUGCCUGGCCGCUGUGGCAUCUGCGACUGUUAUUGACGACCCCGCCCUCGGCCCCCCCAGCUACAUCGGCUCUGACGGCUACCGCUACGUGCUGCAGACGGGCCUCAUCGGCGACAUGCGCACGUGGCAGGACGCGCAGUCGUACUGCGACGGCGUGUCCCAGGCCGGCCACGUGUCCGUGCUCAGCCCCUACCGCAACCCGGCCGUGGGAGACUCCGUCGCCGCCAUCAACGCCCUGUGUGUGGCCCGCCGCAAGACGUGCUGGCUGAUGGAGAACACAACCACCGGCGCCCCCGAUGAAAAGCUGUGCCCGCUGGUCACCGCCGCCGGAGACACCGUCUACCAGGGCUGCCUGCAGGUCGUGUCCUUCGUGUGCCGCUCGAUGGUGCCCGUCGUCACGCCCACCGUGCCAUCGCCCUCGCCCUCGCCCACGCCCUCGCCCGCCGACGGCUCCUCACCCACCCCCGCUCCCGCUCCCACCCCCACCUACGGCGGCGCUGGCUCUGACAACAGCGGCGGUGUGACUGACGGCGUGCCCAACGGCCCCGCCCGCCAGAAGACGUACAACGGCAGGGACGGCCGCACCUACACUCUUUUCUUCCUGGGCGCCGUACGGCCGUACACUGACGCGGCCGCGUACUGCGCCGCCGCCGGUCUGGAGCUGUCGCCGUACAACGUGGACAGCCUGUACGCUGGCGACGCCGCCUUUGCCGUGAAGCUGCUGUGCGCGCGCUCCACCUCCACCACCUGCUGGCUGGGCGAGGCGCCGCAGAGCGGGCUGUGCCCCAUGCUGGACGCGCUGGGAGACAUGCACUACCAGAGCUGCGAGCAGCCUCUGGCGUUUGUGUGCCGCACCAUCCAGUCCCAGUCCGACAGCUCCGCCCCCGGCGACGCCAACCCCUCCGCCGGCACUCUGGCCCCGGUGGUGGAGGCCAGCCGCCUGGGCGCCGACGGCCGCCAUUACACGCUGUACUCGGGGCCCGCACUGGCCCGCCGCUUCCACCGCGGCGCGCUGGACUACUGCACCUCCAUCGGCCAGGAGCUGAGCCCCUACGACGACAUCGACCCCGCCAACCCCACCUACUUUGGGGACGCGCGCGCCUCCAUCACCGACCUGUGCGGCAGCCGCAAGCUGACCUGCUGGUACCUGGGCAUCAGCGUGGGCGGCCUGUGCAACAUCUACAGCGGCGCCGACGACCGCGGCUACCUGCAGGGCUGCAGCCAGCGCGUCAGCUGGGUGUGCCGCACACGCGACGCCAUCGCGCCCGCCACACCCAGCCCCUCUCCUUCUCCUUCUCCUUCUCCCUCUCCGUCGCCCUCUCCUGCCACGGACGAUGACGGCCCCAUCCCCGCCCUGCCUGCCAACGUGAGCACCUAUACCGGCCCCAACGACGGCCGCCUGUACCGCCUGUACGCGGGAGACUUCCGCCGCAACUUCACCGACGCCCAGUCCUUCUGCCUGGCCGCCGGCGCCUCGCUCAGCCCCUACAACCGAGCCAGCCCCGUGGGCGACAGCGUGCGGGCGGUGCGCACACUGUGCGGCGGCGCGCGCACGACGUGCUGGGUGAACGAGCGCGUGGUGACGGACGACCAGAGCAACAGCUUCUGCCCCAUGGUGUCGCAGGAGGUCAAGGCCUACUGGCAGGGGUGCGGCCAGCUCAUCCACUUUGUGUGCCGCUUCCCGCCAGGCGCCGUGGCGCGCUAGGCGCGAACUAGGGGUUGUGUGUACGGAUCACUUCGCUUUUGCUUUGCGAUCUGUCAUUGACGUGAUGUGAAUCACGUAAGGAGGAGCAAGAUGGUGUGCAUUGUUAGUUGGGGCGUGUGUGGCCAUCCCUGCGCGCAGUAGGCAGUCAGUUGCGGCCAGCUGCCGGCGGCUUCUGGUCACGCGUCUUGCGGUAUUCAUCAUUAUUGAUGCGUGGGACCUGAAGAGCCAAAUGUCAAUGGAGUGUGAAGAAGCGGCUGGAGUUGUGGAAGGACGUACGGUACGGCGGUGGCGGGUUUGGGAGUGAAAGCAUUUGUCUGAUGCGGUCCGGGAUCACAUAAGCACACAAUGUGCGCUCAGGUAUUUUUUUGACCAAUUCACCGCUAGCUGCCAGCGACUGCCGCCGGUGGACACCGCACUAUCGAUCAUGCCACUGCUGCCUCUGCUGUAGCUGCCGCGCCCCCAACGCGCCCUCAUGCACCUGUAAGCACUUGCUCUG